AUGGCAGACACUUCAAACGCCAAGAAGGAUAUUCCUUCUUCUUUAGUUUUUGAGGCCCUAAACUCGAGGGUGACGGUGGAAACCGUUGACGGUGAUCUGUACAAAGGAACACUGGCAGCUUUCGACGUUUCACGAGGAAAUAUUGAGCUGGUUGAUGUUCGGCACCAGGCAAAAGAUUCCACUUACGGGUUUUACGAGCGAGUUACUGUUCGUGGCUCGAAAAUCCGAAUCGUUUUACUGCCUCCAGAGAUGAAGGCUGCGCCCUCUCUGCAGUGGCGCCGAGAUUCGGUACAACAGGAACUCAAGAAGUCGCUAAAGCACGCACCUGUCCUCCGACCAGUCGUGUCCGUCCCACGACCGGUUCGCACAAAGAAGGCACAACCCAAGAAUGACAAGAGCAAGCAGCUGCGCAGAAAAUUGCGCUGA